AACAAGAAAAGAAAUAUUCUCCUGUGGUUCGGAAAAGUACACAGGUAAACCGGAAACGUGAGCGGUCCCGUCUGUUAAAACUUAAACCGGAGAGACCAAAAUUUUAGUAUAUAUAGAGAUAUAUACAUUGUACUAUUGCAGUAGUUGAUAUAUACGAGGAAGGAGUGAAAUUAGCGGAGAGUAAGAAUCCGACAGAGUCGAGAAAAUUGAGAAUUCACUAAAAGGGGCUAGCUUUAGGCUUGUCUACAACGAGACAGCUUAAAGCUCCUUCUUUUUUCUUCUCGACGGUGAUCUUCUGCUAAGGUUUACUCUCAGGGCUGACCCUUCUUUGUUUGACGCUGUCCGUCUCGAAGAACUGCAAUUAAGAUUAUACUUGUAGCGGGAAAUUGAACUAAUUGAUCAAAUAUGACUCUCGAGGCAGUAUGUGAUGAUGUUGAUGUCAAUGGAUAUCCUGGUAGUAAGCAUGAACAGCCAGAAUGUUCUUCACAAGAUAUUUCUAAUUCCAGAUGUAUUAACAGUGAAGAGAAAACUUUAGAACCAGCUAUGGAUGAAAUAACACCAGCUAUCCUUCCUGAAGCUGUGCGAACUGAAGUAGGUGGAGACUCAACUAUCCAACCCUACGACGAAAAUUCAGACCAUGCAUCCCCAGAUCCUGUCCACUCUUGUAAGAUGAAGCUUCACAGCGAAAACAAUUCUGUUUUGGGAAACCCCUCAAAACAACAAUUGGAAGCAAUUUCUGGAAUCCGAAGUCCUGGAUCUGUAGUUACAGGCCCAAGGACGUUUGAAGGGCAGUUUGAUGUUGCAAACUCAAAUGAGCAUGACAAAGAAAAGCCGAUGGUGCAGAUCAGAAGCUAUAGCAUAUCUCCAAUUCCUUGCAGCAAAAUACCAGCAUCUGACAGUGCAGCCCCAGUUGAUACUUUGCAAGGUUCUUCUGUGAAUGAGCUCAAUAUGGGGAAGAGUGAGGGUGUAACUUCAAGUUUAUCAGGGAAAGAGGACUCAGAGAUGAUUAAAGAAUCAAAUGGUCAAAAUGUUUCCAAUGAAGUUGAAGUUGUUUGCAGAAAUGAAGUUGAACUUGUUUCCAGUGAAGUGUGUGAUAGCAUAUCUCCAAAUCCUUGUAGCAAACUAUCAGCAUCUGACAGUGCAGCUCCAGCUGAUGCUUUGCAAGGUUCUUUUGCAAAUGAGCUUGAUCUGGGGAAGAGUGAGGGUGUAACUUCAAAUAUAUCUGGGAAAGAAGACACAAAGGUGACUGAAGAGUCAAAUGCCCAAAAUGUUUCCAGUGAAGUUGAACUUGUUUGCAGAAAUGUGGAUUUAACUGCAAAUUUAUCAAGGAAAGAGGGCACAGAGGUGACUGAACUAUCAGAUGGUCAAAAUGUUAUGGACAAAGAUGAGGUUACUACAGGAAGUGAGGAUAUAACUACAGAUUUACUAAGGAAAGAGGAUGUCAAGGUGAUUGAAAAGCAGACCGGUCAAAAAAAUUCUGGCAAAGAUGAGGUUGUUAGGGGAAAUGAUCCUGGAUUUUCCAUGUCAGGAGCCGAUUUGAAUCAUUCUGUCCAAAAGACGUCUGAUUUCAAAAUUGAUUAUGACAUAUUUGACCCACUAGAGGUAGCUCGGAAAGUCGCCACAGAAUUGGAGAGAGAAGUGGACUGUAGAGAACCAAGUCGUAGUUCUUCUGAGAGAGCGUCAGGUGGUAGAAUCCGACUUCCAGAAAGCCCAGAUCCUAUAAAGGGAAAAAACAGCAUAGUAGCCCAUCACCCAUGUAAGGACAUGUCAACUGGAACAAAUCUUACUGCUGCUGUAGGAGAAAAGGUUCUUGUUAAAGCCACAGCCCUACCAAUUGAAAGGGAGACUUGCAUAGUGGACAGUGAGGUGGCCCAAAAUAUAGAACCUGACGAAGAUAAACUCGUCUGUGGUUUUGAUCUGAAUGAAAAUGUGUCUGAUGAUAAUAUGGAUAACCAAACCAAUUCAGUCACUGCUCCCAUCUCGCUUGUUACCGCUUCAAUGGCCGCAACCACUUCUGAUUUGCCUUUGUCUCCUUUGCAGUUUGAUGUCACUCAUGGAUUCAAAGGAUCUGCUAAAACUAGUGCUUUUUGUCUGGCUCCGAUGCACAAAGUCUCUGAAGGUGAGAGCUCUAUCUUUGCUACAGGGAGUAGUAGCAGCUUGUUUCGGAAGUCGGAACACCUUGACUUUGAUUUAAAUGUUGCUGAGAGUGAAUAUUGGAAAAUUUCAGACUUGCCACCGAGCAAGGAGACCCCAAAUUCAGCUGCCCGUCCUUCUGGAGACGCUUCCUUAGAAUCUUUUCCAAAAAGAUCCAACUUGUUACAGCUGGAUCUGAAUUGUGCUAGUGAUAGUGGUGAUGCUCCAUCAUCAUACUGGAGGAAGGAUGAACGAGUUUUACCACAUUUCACUGGUCAAUUUAGUCGAUCUGCUUCCUCUUCAUCGUCAUUAAUGCAGCCUUCAUUGAAAACCAUUGAUUUGAAUGAUCAACCAUCUUAUACUGAAUUUUUGCAUCCCGCUUUGACUGCCAAGUCAUCUACUUCUGUUUCUGGAGGGUAUAAUACAAAUACAUCUGUAAUUUCCCUCAUGGGUACUCGAAUUGCGGUCAACCAAAAAGACGAUGUUCCUCAGACAUUUCCCUUUUUUAACGACAGGAUUGUGGACCCAGCACUGGAUGCUAGUAUGCCAAGAAGUGACAAUGUUUUGGGGUCUGCAUCUUCCUCGCUAUAUGCACGUUCUUACAUGUAUGGGAACAAUGGCCCACCAUAUGGAUAUGGACCUACUGUACCAGAGUCCUCAUCCAUUUAUGGACUUGGUGGUCAAACCCCUUACAUGGUGGAUUCAAGAGGAUCACCUGUUGGUCCACAAGUUUUAGGUCGUUUCCCAGCUCUUCCUUCCUUCACGCAACAACCAUCUUUUUCUGAAGGCCUGGCUGCUGCACCUGCUGACUCUAUUGGCUUUGUGCAUUCGAGGCAUGGUUUUGAUCGGACUUCCAGUUUAAUGUUUGAGGGGAGAAGCAGGGAUGCUGGAUAUACAAGGCAGCUGUUGAACCCUGGUCAGGAUAUACCAAUGGAUGGAGAAAUGAGGGGCAAUCCACAAUCCACUUCUAGUUCUGGUGUUGGAGGAAAGCGCAAAGAAAUGGAUGGUGGCUGGGAACCCUACCCAUAUAGCCAUAAACAUCACCACCCAAUGUGGAAAUAAUGAAAUAUUUAAUUUAACUCCCUUUAUAGAGUCUAGGAACAGGUGAAGUAGCUAGCGCUUCCGGAGUCGCAGGCUUGCAGAUUGAAGCUAAGCAGAAUGAUUCAGCGGGAAGAAACAGGUAACAUAAUAAAGGCACAGGAGAAACUAUAGAUGCAUCAUGAGGUUGAUUGCUAUAGAUACAAAGAUUAGGAUUAUAACUUAAAAGUUCCUUAUUUCUUGGUUUUUUUGCUUUUAUUGAACGUAAAACUUUGCUUUUGAGUUGGGAUGGCAGAACUUGUUACAAAUAGCAAAUGAUUUGGUUCUUUCAUUUUUCUAAGUGAAUUCUUUCUUCUUUUUUAAUAAUUCUGAUUACUUUUU